AGACAGAAGGCAAGACCGAUACAUUCGCGUUCGACGAAUCUCUCCACAUCCUGCCGAGUCCUCCAAAUCCAACGAAUCCAACGAUUCGGGGCAAGGAACAAAAGCGCCAAACAACACAGGAUCCUUACGGCACGAUUGGUGCACAAAAUCAAGCCACAAAUUACAMGGCCGAAUACAAUACGAAAUACGAACAAAGCCUUAAGGACAACAAACGCACACACAAACAGCACCCAAAAUGACGACGACGAGAACGACGAGAACAACGACAGCGACGACAGAAAGGGCGGCAGCGACGAUACGAAGGCCCGGGGGGAAGACACCGUCCUCCCUGGCGUUCCUCGCCGCGGGCCUCUGGAUUUUCUGGGCCGCAACGUUGGUGCUCGCGGGAGCAGCCACAACGACGGAGAACCCGAGCGAAAAGGCCGUGCCUACCUUUACCUUUGAAGACCUCCGGCGGAUUUCCAAACACGGUGCGAGCGCGGGGGCAGGCGACAGCGACAGCGAAAGCAGAAACCACCACACCCGAAUCGAGGAGUUCCGGCGGACCCUCUCGACGACCGGCCUGCUGGCCGUUCGCCUGGACGGGGAGACCGGUGCCGGCGUUGCAGUUGCAGAAAGCUACUCUUCGGACCGGAGGGCGGCCCUCGACGGUCUCUGCUCCUGCGUCGACCACCCCGGCUUUCUGGGGCUCGACCAGACCCACUCCAUGGUCCUGGAUUCCUCGUCCACCGUCCGGACCAGCGUCGCCACGGCCACGGCCGGAAAGGACCACCCCCUGCCGCUCCCGGCCGGCCUGGAAGACGCCUGCGGGCAAGACGUCCUCGGUGCCAUGGAGGGCCUCCGGGACGCCCUCUCCUCCGUCUCGGGGGCCUUUGCGGAAGCCCUGGACGGGGCCCUCGGAACMGGCUUUGGCCGCCACGGCCACGGCCAWCGACCGCUCCUCCGGACCGAGGACGGGAAGUCCUACCGGUCGGUCUCGGAGAUUGUCCGCUCGGCCAACCACCUGGAGCAUUUCCACGUGUACACGCGCGAGCCCACCGGAGGGGGCAACGACGACAGCAACGACAGCGACAACCAGUUUAGCAGCAGCAGCUACAGCAGCUACAACAACCACGACGACGACGACGACGACGACGGAAGCCUCGCCUGGGACUGGCACACCGACGCGGGGCUCUUUCUGGUCUUNCGUUGGCACAGGCAAGGUUGCCGGCCCCGCAGAUCUCCGGGCUCGCGCCGUACUCCUCGUAGUCCAUGCACCUCAUCCAGCAGAACAUCGACGUCGCCUCGUCGCACUCGCCGGGGUCCUCGUGUCCGUCGCCGGCAAGGCCCCGGGAGACCACCGCGGUCGGCGAGGAGCAGCCGAGGCCGGAGGGGUCUCCCCGGAUCGUUGCGGCCCGGAGCUCCCCGAAGGUGUUCGCCGCGGCGGAAGAGGGAUGGACCGCCCCCGGGGGCGGGAGGACCAUGCGGCCGUACCAGAGCCUCUGGGCACUAUCGUUUCGGUCGAGCGAGACGGCGUGGGGGACGGAGCGGAGGCCUUGGAUGCUGCCGUUGCCGCUCUGGUUGAUGUAUUGGUGGACGCCGUCCCCCAGCAUCACCACMAGGUCGUCGACGAACGGGUCGAGGUCGAGCUCCGCGGUGGAUCCGUCCGACAACCGGACGAGGAAUCCACCGGUGGACGAUCCAUCGGUUCGCUGGCCGGGGGCAAACACGAGCAUCAUGCCCUGGUCGGUGUGCCACUCGAUGGUUUUGGUAUUGGCAUUGUCUUUGUCUUUGGUUUGGGAACCGCUGCCUUUUCCCGCUUGCGGCUGCGGGUAGUACGAGUGAAAGUGCUCCAGGUGCUCCCCCUCGUGGAUGAGGCGGUCGGCGGAGAGAAAGGCCCCGUCGCCUUCGCCGGCUGCGGCCAAAGAGCUGGGCACAAGGGCGAACCGUUCCGCGAUCGCCCCCAACACUUUUUCGACCCMUUCCCGAAAGGGCCGGCUCGAUUCGGCAAGGGCUGCGCAGGCGGGAGAGGGGUCCCUUUCCGCAAAGAGGCCUUCCCCCGAUCCGGCCAGGGUAUGCAUGGCGAGCGUCCGGCGGCGGUGGAAGCCGUCGAUUCCCACGUCGGCAAAACCCUCGGUGUGGAGCCCUUCGGCGCCCCUGGCGGUGGUGGCGAGGCAUUCCCCGAGGUCGGCCAUCAUGGCUUGCUUGCCCAGGUUCGGUACGUCGGUGAUGGAGACCAGCCCGACCUCGCGGAGGGCCUUCCAGAAGACGUCGUUUUCGUCGCCUGCGUUGGUUCCGUGCUCGGAGGGCAGCAGCUCCGCAAAGGAGAUCCGGGCGGGGACGUAGUUCACCGGUGGGUUUUGUGCAACGCCGACGACGAUGCCGACGCCAUUGGCAUGGGCAUGGGCACCGGGGUGCGAUGCCGCGCAGAGGUAGGCAAAGGCCAGGAGUGGAGUGUGUCUCUUGCAAAAUGGGGUGGUUCUCAUCUUAUUGCUUGCUCGGAACCGAAACGAAAUGGAAAGGAGGGGUGGGGUUGGGUAAGGUGCAACCGACGCUUUGUUGGCAAGACCGAAAGGUAGGAUUGCAGUGCGAUUGAAAAUUUUUUGGAAGGAAUCAAUCCGGCUCGGAAUU